AUGGCGCACGGUAUAUCGAACCCAUAUGCGACGAAGCAGGCCCUGCAUCUCGUAGAAUCCGAAUUCGGCUCUAGACAAGGUCCGCGUCUGAGAAAGGCCGAUCCAUCAGCCGCACAAGAGAAGCCGAUGGCCAUGAUCCCCCGCAACGGCAGCGUUACACAUACCGCAAUACCAAAACCAAACUUCGUUGAGGGCCGUGGCAUUCCUGGGUAUGCCGCCGUCCGCUUCACAGACUGCGCGUCACAGGAAGAAGCGGGUCGCCUGCUGGGACAGGCCAAAACGCACUCCUCAAGGGCUGCCGCGCACGGCGAUACGUUCCUCCAAGCGCAAAUCGGGCUUUGGCGCAAAUACAGCAAGGUGUCUUUUGUGUCCGUGGGAUGUAAGCAGAAAAAGCCCUGGCUUGACCAAGGCAUUCGCAUUCUUAUACGCACCGUCGAUCGAAGCCUCGCGAAGGCCGCUGCAUAUCUUCGCAAGGUCGACGAGCCGGCCUAUAAUCGCAUGCGCUGCAGUCAUAGGGAUAUAUCUAAACUUGCUGUUUCCGGCGUCGACCAGCUUCGUGCCGCUGAGGCUCAUAAGACAUAG